AUGGGUUUCGAUCCUAAUAGCCCCGCCGGGGUGGCGUCUCUUACCGUCAUCACAUUGUUGGCAGUCACUGGGAUAUUUAUGGAUCUCUUCAUUCUAUUUGUGAUUCUACAAAAAGGUUGUAGAAAGAAAGCCAUUCAUUCUGGAGAUGUGAUCCGCACUGCAAUAAUCAUAUCCAACAUCUUUGUGAUAGUGAUGAUGAUCUCCUCCCUGUUCUGUUUCUUAUUUCUGUCUACAGUGUAUCAUAUUAUAUACAAGGUAAUUGAUGUGUUUACCAUGUGCAGCAUCAGUUCCAGCUUGUAUCUCACCGCCAUCUUCAGCUCCUUCUUGUUUAUAAAGAUAGCCCAGUUCAAGUCCGGUGUUCUCGCCUGGGUGAAGAGGAAGGUGGGUCUUGUCAUCCAUUGGUUGGUGGUGGCCAUGGAGGUCAUCUCUUUCAUCUGCAGCCUUCUGAGUUUCUUGAUCUUCAAUAUCGGUGGACAAGUUUCCACCAACAACUCUACAGUCUCGCUUGGCCAAGCUAUUGCAUACAGAAAUCUGAGGGCACCUGUUAAAGGUCUCAUCGUAGCUUCGUAUUUGGUUCCCUACUUUGUGAUGGCCCUGACCACCAUCUCAGCGUCCGGCUCCCUGAUACUUCACAGUCAUAAAAUGAAGAAGACCGCUACUGUCAAUACCGAGGCCUAUAAAAGGGCCGUCUACAGGAUGAUGCUCUUCUUCACCUUCCACACUCUUUUCUCUUUGUUUAUACUUCUUGUAUAUUUUGUAGAAAACGAUGAUCUCUGGAAAUGGGUGGUGCUGAUAAUUAUGUUCUUACUAUUUGCAGUGCACUCUCUCAUCAUCAUUUACAGUAGCGAAAAACUGAGGAACAUCUGGAAGACGACGAUUGGUUGUAAUUUCUGUUGUAAGUCAUUUUCCCAAGCUGAAAACACUUAA